AUGUUAUCUUCUAUAUUGACCUACAUCGUCCCUUUGCUGGCCAUAUCAACGCCCGCUGCAGCUGGAGCUAGCCAGAUCCAAAUCUCAGCUGCCUGGAACACCACAGUUAGAGUAUAUUCGGACACUUAUGCAGACUUGGAGAAGCAUUGUCCUGGUGACUCAUGGAGUGAAUCAGGCGAGAAUGCCUACAGCUGCGUCAAGCAGAUGUACCUUCUGAAGAAGAAGAACAGGAACAUGAAAGUCCUCCUUUCAACCGGCGGGUGGACAUAUUCGCCCAAGUUUCCACCAGUCGCAGCCACUGAGGAAGGACGACGGGGGUUUGCUUCUUCCGCUGUGAAGCUCGUGCAAGACUGGGGCUUCGACGGACUCGACAUCGACUGGGAAUAUCCAACCAACUCCUUCGAGGCACGGAACUUCGUCCUCCUCCUCUUCCGAGCCUGCCGACAAGCCCUCGAUGACUACGCUCGGCAGUAUGCCCCCGGCUACCACUUCCUCAUCACCGUCGCCGCGCCCGCUGGACCCCAACACUACGGCGUCAUGGACCUUCCCGGCAUGAACGCUUACAUCGACUCCUGGCACCUGAUGGCGUACGACUACGCGGGCUCGUGGGACUCGACCACCGGUCACCAGGCUAACCUCCUCCCCAACCCCAAGAACCUCCUGACCACCAAGUUCAACACCGAUCAAGCCGUCCGCGACUUCAUCCGCCGCGGAAUCCCUGCCAACAAGAUCGUUCUCGGCCUACCACUCUACGGCCGCUCAUUCGAGAACACCGCCGGAUUGGGAAAGCCAUACAACGGUAUCGGCGCCGGUAUCUUGGAGUCAGGGGCCUGGGUCUACCGAGACCUUCCGCGCCCGGGAGCGAAGGAAGUGUACGACAACGUGGCCAAGGCCAGCGAUAGCUACGACACAUCGUCGCGGGAACUCAUCUUGUAUGAUAUUGUCCUGAGCGCGCUGGUGAAGACGAAGUAUAUCUUCCUUAGAGGAUUGGGCGGUGCGGUGUUUUGGGAGGCAAGUGGUGACAAGACUGGUGCGAAGAGCUUGAUUGGGACACUGGCGACGCAGACGAAGAAUUUGUUGAGCUAUCCGGCUAGUAGGUAUGCUAACAUUCGGGCUGGUGUGCCGGGAUCGUGA